AUGUCAUAUGAUAGACCAGAUGUGUUCAGUGCAUCUGUGUUUCCCGGAGAAACCACAGAUGAUACUCAUAACGAAAUCACCAAGGCUUUCCGGACCUUCUUGUUAGAAUUCAGGCUCGAUGAGAAGUUCAUCUACAGAGAUCAAUUAAGGGAAAACUUAUUGGUCAACCAUUAUUAUUUAACAGUGAGCAGCGAUCACUUAAUUGCUAUGAAUGAAGAGUUGCAUAAGAAAUUGACGGAUGAUCCCGCAGAAAUGAUUCCCUUAUUUGAAAAAGCCAUUACUGAAAUUGCCAAAAGAAUCGCUUAUUUGUCUUCGGAUAAAUUAGCUAAUGAUAUUCCGCAAUGCCAAUUGAUCCUUAGUUCCAAUGCAAAUAGAACAAUGAUUAGAGAUUUGGAUUCCGUUCAUAUUUCUAAGAUAGUCCGUGUAUCGGGUAUAAUCAUAUCCACAUCAGUCUUGAGCUCAAGAGCAACCCUGGUACAAUUAAUUUGCCGAAACUGUAAACAUACCACCAGGCUUCAAAUAUCUCUGGGGUUUGGUCAAGUUAACUUACCAAAGAAAUGUUUAGGGAAUGAAGAAGCAUUAGAAAACCGGAACAAAUGUCCUCCAGAUCCAUAUGUCAUUGUCCAUGAUAAGUCCACCUUUAUUGACCAACAAGUUUUGAAGCUACAAGAGUCCCCAGACAUGGUACCUGUAGGGGAGAUGCCCAGACACAUCCUUAUGCAAGCUGAUAGAUACUUGACAAACCAAGUUGUUCCGGGUACACGGGUCACGGUAGUGGGGAUAUACUCUAUUUAUCAAUCUAAAAAGCAACCAGGUUCUAGCACAGGUGUUGGAAACACAGUUGCGAUCCGAAACCCUUAUUUAAAGGUCUUGGGUAUCAAAACAGACUUAGAACAAGGUUUGAAUGGUGAAGGGAUUAGUUUCACCGAUGAAGAAGAGGAACAAUUCAGACAAGUUAGUCGAAUCCCCAACUUGUAUGAGAAGCUCGCUCAGUCCAUUGCUCCUUCCAUUUACGGUAACGAUGAUAUCAAGAAGUCCAUUGUAUGUUUGUUAUUUGGAGGUUCCAAGAAGAUUUUGCCCGAUGGAAUGAGAUUAAGAGGUGACAUCAAUGUGUUGCUCCUUGGUGAUCCCGGUACGGCCAAAUCGCAGUUGUUGAAGUUUGUAGAGAAGGCCAGUCCUAUUGCGGUCUAUACAUCAGGUAAAGGUUCUUCCGCAGCAGGGUUAACAGCUUCUGUUCAAAGAGAUCCACAGACCCGAGACUUUUAUUUGGAAGGUGGUGCGAUGGUGCUUGCAGACGGAGGAGUUGUUUGUAUUGAUGAAUUUGAUAAGAUGAGAGAUGAAGAUAGAGUUGCCAUUCACGAAGCCAUGGAACAGCAAACCAUUUCUAUUGCCAAGGCAGGAAUAACCACAGUCUUGAAUAGUCGUACGUCUGUUCUAGCCGCCGCAAAUCCAAUCUAUGGAAGAUACGAUGAGACCAAAUCGCCCGGUGAGAACAUUGACUUCCAAACAACCAUUUUAUCCAGAUUUGACAUGAUCUUUAUUGUUAAAGAUGACCAUAAUGAACAACGAGAUAUGAACAUUGCCCACCACGUGUUGAAUAUUCAUACGGGUAAACAACAGAAUCAAGACGAAGCGGAAUCCGGAGAAAUCCCUCUUGACUUCUUGAAGAAAUAUGUUCAAUAUACCAAAUUAAGAUGUGCCCCUAGGCUAUCGCCUGAGGCAUCGGAAAGAUUAUCGUCACAUUUUGUUGGGAUUCGGAGAAAGUUACUCUAUAAUGAACAGAAUUCCAAGGAACGGCUGUCAAUUCCAAUUACCGUUAGACAAUUGGAGGCCAUCAUUCGUAUCACCGAGCUGUUGGCUAAGAUGAGAUUGGAUAUAGUGGCUACAGAAGAAGAUGUUGAAGAAGCAAUUAGAUUGUUUACUGCUUCCACUAUGGAUGCUGUGGACCAAGGGAUCACCGGCUAUAGGAAUCAAGAGUUUAUGAAACGGUUGGAUGAUUUAGAACGUGAAAUAGGGUCUAGAUUCCCUAAAGGUUGGACAGCAAAGCAUAGUGUUUUGAGAAAUGAAUUUGUUCUGAACAAAGGUUAUUCCGAAGAGUUAUUUGAUGCGGUGUUGACAAUCAUGGAACGAAGAGGGGAGAUCCGGUUCUUGAAUCAGCGGAGACAAAUACGUAGAUUAAUGUAG